AUGGCUGAACCCCCAUCAGCAACCGUCUCCAUCGAGCGUGUUGCAGUAUGCAUUCCACCCUUCUGGGCUCCGGACCCGGAAAUGUGGUUCAUUCAAGUGGAAAACCAGUUUGCCCUAGCAGGUGUCAAAUCAGACGAAACCAAGUUCGACUAUGUGGCAGGUAAUUUGGACUGUAAAUACGCGACCGAAGUGCGCGAUAUACUUGUCCAUCCCCCGACUGAGGACAAGGAUGGCCGACUCAAAUCAGAACUUAUAAAGAGGUUAAGUGCUUCACAGGAACGGAAGACGAAACAACUACUGGAACACGAGGAAGUCAGUGACCGAAGGCCUUCGCAGUUUCUACAGCACCUCCACAGUUUGGCAGGAACAGUCGUUCCAGAUGACCUUCUCAAGUCAUUGUGGCUGGGUCGUUUACCACCACCAACGCAAGCGAUCUUGGCGACACAGAUAAAUUCUUCGUUAGACUCAUUAGCCGAGCUUGCAGACGCCAUCGCAGAUACAAAUCCGAGACCACAGAUGGCAGAAGCAGCCUCAUUGGAACCCAUGUUCGAGAAAAUGUCAAUCCUUAUGACUGCUAAAAUAGGAGAGAUGGCCACAACACUGCGACAGGAGAUCGCAGCUGUAGCAUCCCCUACUCGUCUUGGCCAGCAUGACAGUCGCCGCGACCGCUCCCCAUCUACAUCACGCCAGCAACGCUCCCGCAGCAGGAGUUUGCAGGGGAUCUGUUGGUACCAUCGUUGCUUUGGCGAUGAGGCGCGAAAGUGUGUUCAGCCCUGCGAAUACAGCUCGGGAAACAUGCAGGGGACUCGCUGA